UUACAAUUCUGUUUCCUUCUCUUUAUGAUCCAGGUCAAUCAUUCACACAGAGCAAGAUGUCCUUAGAAUCAAAGAUUAUACAGCAUGUGCUCAUAUCUUCUUUUUCUUUCCAGUUACAGCAUUGGAGAACUCCUAAAAGUGGAUUCAAAGAUGCCAGAUUGGGGGAAUAACAUUACAGCAAUGAAUGAAAGCAACCACACUGGAAUUUCCUUUUGUGACAUCAUGUUCUAUACCAUGGUUUUCCUUUCUCUCAUCAUUGGCUUGGUUGGCUUGGCUGGAAAUGCCAUAGUGCUGUGGUUUCUGGGCUUCGACAUGCACAGGAAUGCCUACUCUGUCUACAUACUCAACUUGGCUGGGGCUGACUUCCUCUUCAUGUACUUUCAAAUUGUAUACUGUCUUCAUUUUAUCUUGGAAAUCUUCUACUCUGUCCCCAUAGGCACCUUUAUGUUUUCUUUUGUUGUGUCAAAUUUUGCUUAUCUUUGUGGCCUGAGCAUCCUCAGUGCCAUUAGCAUUGAAAGGUGCCUGUCUGUCAUGUGGCCCAUCUGGUAUCGCUGCCAUCGCCCAAGACACACAUCAGCUGUCAUAUGUACCCUGCUUUGGUUUUUGUCACUGUUGUUAAGCCUCCUGGACUGGUCUGUAUGUGAUUACUUAUCUUAUAGUCUUGGCCCUGGUUGGUGUCAGACACUUCAUUACAUCACUACUGCAUGGUUAAUUGUUUUGUUUGUGGUUCUCUUGGGGUUCAGUCUGGCCUUAGUGGUUACUAUCUUCUGUGGCUCACGGAGGAUUCCUGUGACCAGGCUGUAUGUGACCAUUGCAUGCACAGUGCUGGUCUUCCUGUUCUUCGGACUGCCCUAUGGGAUCUACUGGUUCCUCUUAGCAUGGAUUGAGAAUUUUGAUGAUUUUUUGUCUUGUUAUUUUCUUCCAUUGACAAGACUUCUGUCCUGUUUUAAUAGCUGUGCCAAUCCCAUCAUUUACUUCCUUGUUGGCUCUAUCAGGCAUCGUAGGUUCCAGAGGAACACUCUCAAGCUACUUCUUCAGAGAGCCAUGCAGGACACUCCUGAGGAGGAAUAAUGUGCAGAGGGGGAUUCUUCAGGAAUAUGUUUCUAGAGAAGUGGGUAUUUGAACUAGGGAAACAGUUGAAUGUUGUAUGUAAAUGUGUUUAACAGACCAACCUAGUCAGAACUUGGAUGACAGUCAUGCUUGAGAGCAUUAUAGACUAUGGAGGUCCAGCUCAACAGGGGAACA